AUGCGCCGCCAUCCUUCGCGAGCGAUCAACUCGUCCCGCUCAGGCCAAACUUCCGACACAUUGAGCCUGAUCCAAAGCUACGACUCCGACACCAACCCUUCCCGACCGGUGAAAUCCUCCCCCUUGGGUUCCUCCACCGACACCGGCCUUCCUCUCGAGCUUCUCGAUCGCCUCAAAGCCUUUCCACUCUUCCAAAGCGCUCCUGAAUCCUUCCUCCUAUCCAUUGGCAAGAGCUUGCGUCCUAGUGUAUAUCAGCCGGCGGCAGAGAUCAUCCGAGAAGGCGAAGAUGCGAAAGCCAUGUACUGGGUCGUCCGCGGCUCUGUGCGAGUCACCAGCAGGGAUGGCGAAAGCACAUACGCUGAGUUGAAGCCUGGGUCGUUCUUUGGGGAGAUUGGGAUUCUGAUGGACAUGCCGCGGACCGCGACGAUCGUGGCGAGCAUACGCUGUUUGGUGGUGAGGCUGAAUAAGGAGGAUCUACAAAAAGAGCUGCCUUCAUACCCGGAGGUGGAGAGGGCGAUACGAGAUGAGGCGAUGGAGAGGUUGUCGAUCUUGGAGAGGAAGAAGCAAGAGCGUGGUGUAAAUCCUCAUACAGGCGAAGACGGGAGUAUGCGACCUCCUGCGGCACCUCGGAAGAGAUCGCGCGAUUGGAGUGCUGGGGAUGUGGAGAUGGGUGAAGCGGGCUCGUUCGCGGAUGGAGAGGUCACGAGCAAUAAGAAGCGAAAGUCGCCGUCUCCGGGAAUCGCUGAGGUGGCUGCUUCGAGUGCUUUUGGCUCGUCUCCUUUGACCAUUCGAUCGGUGUUGAAGGAGCUCCCGCUGUUCACAGGACUGCCUUCCGAUAUUCUGCAUUUUCUAGGAGUCAAUGCGCAGCCGGUGUCAUAUCCGCCGUUCACAGAGAUCGUCAAGCAGGGGAGUAGUGGACGUGAUGUCUACUUCAUCAUCAAGGGCGAUGUGGAGGUUUUGACAGACGCUCUAGGGCAGAGUCCAAACUCAAUAGCGGCAGAUGGCGUGGCAGAGACGAAUGGCAACUCACACAACACAGAACUGGUCGUUCGGGCACGAUUGACAUCAGGACAGUACUUCGGCGAGGUCACAAGUCUGAGUCUUGCUCCGCGGAGGACGGCGACAGUACGAAGCGUCAAUUCGGUGGAGUGUCUGCUGAUCAAUGCGGAAGUUCUAGAUGAUCUGUGGAGGAGAUGCAGCUCCGAUUUGAGGCAGCAAGUCGAGAGCGAGGCGAAGAGAAGGAUGAAAGCCGCGAGGAGGGACGACGAUACUGAGAUGGCGGAUGCGGGAGGACCUGUCGGUGGUGUCAAUACAACGAAUGAUCAGACGCGAGACGGCGAGGACGAUGACUGGCGGAAAGAUCUGCCGACAGUGACAUUCGACGAGCCGAUAGACCUGGAUGAAGGACCUUCGCAGAGCUCGCCGGUGAUGACACCACAGAUGGAGCCCAUCGAUCCGGAUCCAUUCUUCAACGAGGGCUUCGAGAAUAUGCGGGCGAAAUCAAGAAGAUCAUCACUCGCACCGCCAUUGCCAUCUCCGGAUGGUCAACAUACGGCACUUGGUGAGAACCGCACACCCAGUCCACCCGCAACCCGAUCGCAUUACUCCUCACCACUGAAGCCAUUACCACACCACAUAUCGACAAGUCCUUCAGCAGCAUCACCCACAUCUCCACUCCGACUAAGUCCAGUCUCAACAAGACGACCAAGUCUAGACAACAGGCGGCAAUCCAAAUCCUCUCCCGGCCGUCUCCCGGACUCUUUACUAAUCCUCGUGCUCCAACACAUGGACCUCCUCCAACUCAUGCGCUGCCGCCGUGUAUCUGUCCACUGGCACUCCCUCAUCUCCUCCUCGCCAGACCUCGUCACGACCCUCAACCUCUCCCAAUACAACCGCUACGUCACCGAUGACACUCUCCGCGACAUCAUCGUCCCCUUCGCCGGCUCACGCCCUCGCGAAGUUGAUCUUUCGAACUGCUUCCACGUCACCGACGAAGGCUUCCGCACCCUCACCGAAGCCUGCGGAGACGUCGCCCGCGUGUGGAAGAUGAAAUCCGUCUGGGACGUGACCGGAUCCGCCGUCCUCGCGCUCGUGGAAAAAGCCAAGGAACUCGAAGAAAUCGACCUCUCCAACUGCCGCAAAGUGAGCGAUACCCUGCUCGCCCGCGUGGUCGGCUGGAUCGUCCCUGAAACCAAACCCGGGCAGCAGCAGCAAUCCCUAACACCCAUCAACCCUCCAAACGGCGGGAGGAGACCUCACUCGAAACGCCACAACAACGCAUUGUCAUUAGCAGGGCAAUACAACCAACCCUCCCCACCCCCCGGCACAGUAAUCGGUGCCCCGAAACUCAAACGCCUCACCCUCUCCUACUGCAAACACGUGCAAGACCGCAGCAUGGCGCACAUUGCCGUACACGCCGCCGAACGCCUGGAGUCCCUCGACCUCACGCGGUGUACCUCCAUUUCCGACGCGGGCUUCCAUUCCUGGAGCGUGUACGACUUCCGGAACCUGAAAAAAUUGGUCCUCGCGGAUUGCACCUACCUCUCCGACCAAGCUAUCGUCGGCGUAGUAGGCGGAUGUCGCGGACUGAGAGAAUUAGACCUCUCAUUCUGUUGUGCAUUGUCGGAUACCGCUACGGAAGUCCUCUCCCUCGGAUUGCCGGCGCUUCGGAAACUCGACAUGGCGUUUUGUGGGUCCGCAGUAUCGGACAACUCGCUCCGCUGUCUGGGACUGCAUUUGCUGGAACUGAGAUAUUUGAGUGUGAGAGGCUGUGUGAGAGUCACAGGACAUGGAGUCGAGAGCGUGGUGGAGGGGUGUCGGUUUCUGGAGGUGUUGGAUGUGAGUCAGUGUAAGAAUUUGAGGCCUUGGUUGGAGAGGGGUGGGGUGGGGAGGGUGAAUAAUGGGAAGGGGAGGAGGGUGAGGUUUGAGACUGUGGCGGAUGGGAGUUGGAGAGGGGGUGGUGGGAAGUCGUGAUGGAUGUUGGAGGGCUGAUCACGCUUCCGCACCGGACGGCGAAGCAGGACAUAUAUCGGGCGGAUCUAUGGUGGAAGAGACAUUUAGCGAGACGUUGGCCGAUAUGCGAUGGCAUUGGAGCCUUGGAUGGCGAUUUGUUUGGAAUUGGAAGAUACCACGACAUAUCGACGGGAGAGCCUGCGCAUAGACAGGCACAAUUUGUUUCGUAGCGCAUAUACCCCUACUGCGCUGUACUGAUCAA